AUGGCUGUCGACCCCUUUGACUCCGCUCUAGACCUUCUCCGCCGUCUCAACCCUAAGCAGACGACAGACCACCUCAACGCCAUCAUCUCCAUCGCGCCAGAUCUGACCGAAGACCUUCUGUCGUCCGUCGAUCAGCCCUUGACCGUGCGCCGCUGCAAGCAGACCGGUCGAGACUACCUCCUCUGCGACUACAACCGCGAUGGAGACAGCUACCGCUCCCCAUGGUCAAACCAAUUCGACCCCCCUCUGGAUGAAGCUGGAUCAGGCGGUGUAGGUGCUGGUGGUAACGAAGGCGCUGGAGAGGGUGCGAUUCCGAGCGAACGUGUUCGCAAGAUGGAGGUCAAGGCGAACGAGGCCUUCGAUGUCUAUCGCGAUUUAUACUACGAAGGUGGUGUGAGCAGUGUUUACUUCUGGAACCUUGAUGACGGAUUCGCAGGGGUCGUGCUUCUCAAGAAGUCUUCCCCCCAAGGCGGCAACUCCGAAGGUGUAUGGGACUCCAUCCAUGUCUUCGAGGCAAUUGAGCGAGGAAGAAGCACACACUAUAAGCUCACAUCGACAGUGAUCCUGACCCUAUCUACUGCUGGUGGCAACCUAGGCGAGAUGGACCUUAGUGGCAACAUGACACGCCAGGUUGAGCAGGAUCUACCUGUUGACAACGAUGAUAGCCACAUCGCUAAUGUGGGACGAUUGGUUGAGGAUAUGGAACUCAAGAUGCGCAAUCUCCUGCAGGAGGUAUACUUUGGCAAAGCCAAGGACGUGGUGGGCGAUCUCCGGAGCAUUGGAAGCUUGAGUGAGGGGGCACGGGAUCGCGAGGCUCAGCGUGAACUCAUCGGAAGCAUGAGAAGAUGA